GAAGAAAAAGGGAGAAGAAAAGGAAAUGAUUAAAACUGAGAAGAAAACCCCGACUAAAGAAGAAAAGGAAGAAGAAGAAAAGAAGAGGAAGAAAAGACUGAGAAAGUAAAAACUGAGACAAAAACACCAAUGAAAAAGGAAAAAGAGGAAAAAGAAGAUGAGGAAAAGAGUGAAGGGGUGAAGAAGGAAGAGAAGGAGGAGGAAAAGAAGGAAGAGAAGAAGGCGGAGAUUAAAAAGACAUUUGUUAACCCGUUCUCUCAAAAGGCGCCAGGCAGCGGUGACCCUGGCGCUGACUAUGACCCAAGGAAGGCAAAGUACCAUCCAGUCAAGGACGCAUUUUGGCAGAAGGGUCAGAAGAUGCCGUACCUGGCCCUAGCGAAAACCCUGGAGGCCAUCGAGGAGACCAGUGGCCGCUUGAAGAUAGUGGAGAUCCUGGCCAACUUCCUUCGUUCUGUCAUUGUGCUGUCCCCCGAUGACUUCCUGUUUUGUGUCUACCUGUGUCUCAACAAGGUGGCGCCAGCUUUUGAAGGUCUGGAGCUAAGGAUUGGGGAUACUAUUCUCAUCCGCGCCAUUGCUCAAGCCUCGGGUCGCAGUCCGGAGAAGAUCAAGGCAGAUGCAGAGAGGCUGGGUGACCUGGGCAUUGUGGCAGAGCAGUCCCGUACCAACCAAAGGGUCAUGUUUCAGCCGGCCAAGCUCACAGUGGCUGGAGUGUUCAAGAAGCUGAAGGAGAUUGCUCUUAUGACUGGCCAUGCUUCCCAGGCAAAGAAGAUAGACCUAGUGAAGGGAAUGUACGUGGCAUGCCGUUUCUGUGAGGCCAAGUACCUGGUGCGCUCCCUCGGUGGAAAGCUGAGGAUCGGAUUGGCGGAGCAGUCUGUCCUGAUGGCUAUUGCCCAGGCCUGCUACCUCACACCCCCCGGCCAGGAGUACCCGCCUGAGGUAGUGGAUGCAGGAGCCGGCCGGAACCCUGACAAAUUGAAGGCGGAAAUUGAUGAAUAUGCUCUCAUCCUCAAGACUACUUACUGCGAGUUUCCUUCCUACGAUGAGAUUAUACCAGUGCUGCUGAAGGAGGGGCUGAAGAAGCUGCCGGAACACUGCAAGCUGACCCCUGGCGUGCCCCUUAAGCCCAUGUUAGCCCACCCCACCACUGGCGUCUCAGAGGUGCUCAAACGCUUCGAUAAUGCCAAGUUUACAUGCGAAUUUAAGUACGAUGGGGAGCGAGCACAGAUCCACAUGAAGGAGGACGGAACCAUCAACAUCUACAGCCGCAACCAGGAAGAUAACACCUCAAAGUACCCCGACAUCAUCUCCCGCUUCAAGAACUCUCUGGGCGAAGGUGUCAAGUCCUGCGUGGUGGACUCAGAGGCAGUGGCGUGGGACAGGAAUAAGAACCGCAUCCUCCCCUUCCAAAUUCUCAGUACGCGGAAGAAGAAGGACGCCAGAGAGAGCCAGAUCACGGUGCAGGUGUGUGUGUUCCCCUUCGACUUGCUGUACCUCAAUGGGGAGCCGCUGGUGCGCGAGCCGUUUGAGAAGAGACGGGCGUUGCUGCGGGAGAAUUUCAAUGAGGUGGAGGGCGAGUUUGUCUUUGCCACGAGCAUGGACGCCACCAACACCGAGGACAUUGAGGAGUUCCUGGAGGAGUCAAUUAAGGGUAACUGUGAGGGUUUGAUGGUGAAGACGCUGGAUGUCGAUGCCACGUAUGAGAUUGCCAAGCGCUCCCACAACUGGCUCAAGCUGAAGAAGGAUUACCUGGAUGGGGUGGGUGACACAAUUGAUGCAGUGGUGAUAGGAGGAUACCUGGGCAAAGGCAAGAGGGCUGGGCUGUAUGGUGGCUUCCUGCUGGCUUGCUACGAUGUGGAGAAUGAAGAAUACCAGUCCCUCUGUAAGAUUGGGACAGGUUUCUCUGAUGAGGACUUGGCAAAGCACACUGAGUUCUUUAAGCAACAUAUCAUUGAGAACCCCAAAUCCUACUACAGGUAUGACAAUGCAGUGGCGCCUGAUCACUGGUUUGACGCAGUGCAGGUGUGGGAGGUGAAAUGUGCUGACCUCUCCAUUUCUCCCGUGCACAAAGCUGGCCAGGGCAUUGUGGACCCAGAGAAGGGCAUCUCCCUCAGGUUCCCACGGUUCCUCCACAUCAGGGACGACAAGAACCCUGAGGAUGCCACGUCUGCCAACCAGAUUGCUGAGCUGUACAGGAAUCAGGAACAGAUCAAGACAAGCAAGACCAAGAGUGCUGGUGAUGAUGAUGACUUCUACUAGUGCUGAUGAUGAUGACUUCUAGUACUGGUGAUGAUGAUGACUUGUACUAGUGCCUGACUCACCACCUCUCGAGUCACCGUCCAGACUUGUGUGGUGGUGUGCGAGUUGCUGUGGGAUUCAUGCCUCUCCUUUCUCAUUUAAGUCACCAGUUAGGAGUUGUUUUGGUGUUCUGAGUCGCCAUUUGGACUUCUGUCACUCGUUCUCCAUUGUGUUAGUUGUCUUUGAUACUUGCGGUGGUCUGUUUGUCGCCGAAAAGACUUGUAUCUUCUAUUUUUGGUCACAACUUACCUCUGGUGCUUAAAUCUGGAUACAAGUCACCAAAAAGACUUAUUUCUCUUAUUUUCCAUCAUGUAAAUCACCAGUGGAAUUUAUAAGUUGGCAUGCAAGUUGCCAAAAAAACUUGUAUCUUCUAUUUUUGGUUGCAUCUUGUCUCUGGAACUUAAACUGGCACACAGGUCACCAAAAAAGACUCAUUUCUCUCAUUCUCCAUCAUGUGAAUCACCAAUGGAAUUUUUAAGUUGGCAUGCAAAUCACCAUCCCAUUCCUUAUCACCAAAGUCACCGUUGGAACUUUAAUUGUCACCAUGAGCACUGGCUUCUUUCAUUCCCAUUAUGUGAGUCACCACUGAGACUUGAAUUGGCAUAGAAGUCACCAAAUGGACUCAUAACUCAUUCCCCCUUCACUUGAGUCACCUCUCUGGUAUUUGCUUUUACUGAACAAACUUAAUAUCAAAGCUUUUUAAAGAAUCCAAACUUAUUCAAAAUGUUUCACUGCUUGUACAAAGGGAAUCCAACCCCAUUUAAAGAUAUCAAUGCAUAUUUUAAUGAUAUUAUGGUAUUUGUAAAAGGUAGUUAGUAGGUUUUAUAAAGUAUCAGUGGCUAUAUAAACAGUAUCCAGGCUUGUUUAAAAGGUAUUGAUGCCCAUGCAAUAAAUACACAGAUGUUUUGUAGAGUAUCCAGAUUUUUUUAAUGGUAUUUGUACACACUUAAAGUAUUUCCAGAUCUUUUUAAAGUUAAUUGUACUUAUCUAAAGGAUUUCUAUGCCUUUAAAGGAUGUUCAAGUCCUUUUAAGGUUCAUUGUAUCCUUGUAACAGCUUUAUGUGCCUAUCAAGGGUGUUCAGGAUUAUUUCAAAGAUAAUGAAGGCAAUUUAUAGUUUUUUAUAAGGUAUUUAGGCAGUAUAAAAGAUUCCUACCUGUUUAAAGGGUGUUCAGCCUUAUAUGAAAGGUAUCCAGUCCUUUUUUAUAGUUUUGUAUAGGGUAUUCAGGUGGUUUAAAGAAUAACAGCAGCUAUGUAAAGGCUGUUCAAACCUUCAUAAAGGGUGUUUGGGCAUAAAUAAAAGAUAUGCAGGUUUUUUUUAUAGCUUUAUAUAGGAUAUUAGCAGUUUCCAGGAUAACAAUACCUAUUUAAAGAAAUUCUAAGCCUCUAGGUAUUUUGGCCUAUAUGAAAGACACCCAGUUGUUUUUGUAGGGUUCAGGCUUAUAUAAAAGGUAUCCAAUCCUUUAAUAGUUGUGUAUAAGGCAUUGAGGGAGUUUAAAGAGUAACAAUGCUCAUUUAAGAAUGUUCCGAGCCUCAGUAGGUAUCAAGACGCCCAGUUAUUUUUUUAGGUUAUCCAGAUUUGUUUCAUUCAAUAAUUUUUUUUAAUGUAAGAAGGAAAAAACUGGCCAAGGGGAACAGUAAGAAGUAAGAAAAGGCCCACUUAGAUGCCAGUUCCCGUGCAGGUUCGUGAGAGUGCAGUAGAAUCAGCUGUGGCAUAAUUUCUCAUUUUUUUUUUUUUAUGUAAGAGGGGAAAACUGGCCAAAGGGAACAAAGAGUUAAAAAAAAAAAAGCCCACUGAUGCCAGUCCCCUUGCAGGUCCAAGACAUCUAGCCAUAAGAAAGAACAGGGAUAGAUAUAAAUGUCUUGGAAAUCUCCCUCUAUAUGUGUGGCCAUCCAGAGAGGAAGUGACUAAAUGGCAUAGAAAGAGAAAAAGAAAGGGCCCACUUAGAUGCCAUUUCCCAUGCAGAUCUGAGAGAGGUAGCCAAAAAAGAACAGAGAUAAAUGUAAAUCUUGAAAUGUACCUCUGUAUGUAUGGCUGACCAGAGAGGGAGUGACUGUAUAGUGUAUGUACGUGUGUCUGUGGUUGUUAUAUAUAGUAAUUAAACGUUAUUUUUACCAUAAUGUA